AUGCUGUCGGACAAACCUAAAGAGGAUCGGCCUUAUAAGUGCCCCAUGUGCGAUAAGGCGUUUCACAGGUUGGAGCAUCAAACCCGGCAUAUCCGAACUCAUACCGGUGAAAAGCCCCACCCAUGUACGUUUCCGGGGUGUACCAAGCGAUUUUCGAGGUCGGAUGAACUCACCCGUCAUUUAAGGAUACAUAACAAUCCGAGCGCUCGCAAGCGCAAGAAUCGUCAAAACGAAAAGUUGGUAUCGGAUUAUUAUGACCGGCCCGGAAUUCAUCAGCAACCUCAACAGGUUUAUCAAGUUCCUGCUAUUCCGGUCACCGUCGACCAAAAUGGGAAUCGGUAUUAUCAUCAACCGGUUUACGUUCUUUCUCAUCAAAUGCAAGGAUCGGCACCCCCACCUCCACCUCCGGGAUCCAUCCCAAUGCAUAAUCAAAUUCCGCGCCCACUAGGUCCGGGUCCCAUCCCCAUGGAAACGCCAACCCCGCAAAAUGGCGCCCAUUAUUCUCUUCCAUCAUCCCCCACGCAACUUUCCAAAUCCGACUCCGCCCUGCUGCUCAAACUCGCUGCCAGCAGCGCCGGAACUUCUCCCGCCCAUUCCCUCAGUACUUCACCCACCGCAUUCGUGGGGUAUAGUGGGGGACUACCCGGUUCCACCCCCCAACAAGGAGGAGGACCACCACCUCAUGGCCUCGGUUUACAUCCUCUGACCACCGCAAUUCAUCAGAGCAAUUUGUCACUUUCAAACUUACAUGAUUAUUUCCAUCAAAAGUCAAGGGUUGCAUCUUCUUCAGCAACAAAUUUAACCUCCCUCGGAUCUCUAAGUUCCCUACAAAGAAUGACACCUAUAAAGCCAAAUAUACCUUCACGGACCCAGACACCCUCGCAUCAAUUUACUGUUCCUAAACAAACUUCAUCAUCUUCGCUUAACCUCGAAUUUGGACAACCACCAUCCAAACGGUCACGGCCCGGAUCUCCGGUUUUGCAUAAUUUUGAUCAAGCUCCUGGAAAAGCUGGAUUUAUUAUUUCCCCCACCGAUACCCCACUUCAAACCCCACUGCAAUCACCUCAUUUGCAACCUCAACGACCACCAUCAACAGUUUCAACCCCAACAGGAUCAUCCCCCAAUUUGGUGGGGGCGGCUGCUGCCGUGGCGGAGGCAUCCCAAAAUUCUCAAUCCGAUUCCAGCAUUGCCGUUAGCGGAACAAAACUUCCCCCAAUUCGCAGCGUUUUUACCUCAUUGGGGGAAUAG